GAAGGUCUGUGCCAUAGACGCUGCCUGGGUGUUCCUUUAUACACACCAUAUCUUUCUGGAGUGGGACGUUGGAAAGCAGUGGAAGAUCUUGUGUCCUGUUUAGCUCCUCCAUGGCUUCAGAGGCAGCCUGCCGCCCUUCUGGGAAAAGACCCUGCAAGAUGCAAGCCUUCAGAAUCUGGGAUACUAACCAGAAGACCUUCUACCUGAGGAACAACCAGCUCAUUGCUGGGUACUUACAAGGACCAAAUACCAAACUAGAAGAAAAGAUAGACAUGGUACCUAUUGACCUUCGUAGUGUGUUUUUGGGCAUCCACGGGGGCAAGCUGUGCCUGUCUUGUGUCAAGUUUGGAGAUGAUAUCAAGCUCCAGCUGGAGGAAGUUAACAUCACUGAUCUGAGUAAGAACAAAGAAGAAGACAGACGCUUUACCUUCAUUCGCUCUGAGAAAGGCCCCACCACCAGCUUUGAGUCAGCUGCCUGUCCAGGAUGGUUCCUCUGCACAACACUAGAGGCUGACCGACCUGUGAGCCUCACCAAUACACCAGAAGAACCCCUUACAGUUACAAAGUUCUACUUCCAGGAAGACCAAUAGUACUGCCUAGGCCUGUCUUUCCCCACUCCCAGGCCAGCAAUGACCAUCAACUGCCUGAUCACUCUGGCCAUCAUUGGGGUCUGAGGAACAACUUUUGUAGGGUGUACAGUAGAAGGAGACAGAAGAGUCCUGAUGACAGAUCUCUGCCUUCAGUCUGUUGGCUGACACAAUCCCCAUGAUAAUUCCAGAAUAAUCUUUCAAAUUGGAUCAUGGCAGGCCUUUGCUCAAAGCCCUUUCUUGUUGCCUCUGCCAUCUGAGUGAAGUGUGGAACACUUGCUUGGCCUAGGAGUCUUCUGAUCACACACACAUACAUACAUACACACACACACACACACACACCAAUCAAGUCACUUGACAAUAUCCCCCAAGUGGCUCCCUUACCCUAUUUUAUAAACCUGUACUGGACUAUGGAGAAGGUUUUUAUUCUCCUUGUUAAUUCAUUUUGGGUUUUUUGAUGCUUGGGAUGAAACCCACCAGGGCAUCACAUACACUAAAUAUGCUAUGCUUCCAGCUCAGGAGGACAUUUUUAAGCAUUGAGAAAACAGAGAUUAAGGCUCUCAUAGUUAUUUUAUUAGGCCAGCCUUAUUCCAUAGGCUUCUUGUGGAAAUUACAUUCUUUCUGAGAGGAGCUGGGGAUCAGAUGCUCCUGCAUUUGUGAAACGGUUGUAAGCAUAAGAAAAUAAGUGAUAGACUUUCCUCCUUUCCUUUUUUUGUGUGUGAUGUCUUAAACUGAAAAGUUAAAAUUUGGUGGACUAUAGUAUUCCCAUAAUCUUCCCCCUUCUUUUUCUUCUUCUUCUUCUUUUUUUUUUUUUUUUGAAAUUUCCAACAUCUGUAUUUCUCUAUCCAGCCCAAACACCAUCUUCACUCCAAACCUACCACAGCUGCCCAAAGAAGUUCCCCACUAUCUCUGUGAAAAUAUGGCUCUCAGGCCCUUCUUGGUGUGGUGAAUGAAUGAGUGUAUCUACUGAUUAUUUCUUAGACAGGAAGCAUCGUGUUCGUGUGUGUUCGUGUUUGUAUGUGUGCAUGUGCUGUGUGUGUGUGUGUGUGUCUAUGUAUGUUGGGUCCCUACAAGGAUGAGCACCCUUUUUGGCUCCUAGAAGACACUCAGAGAAUAUGUGUUAUAUGUGCUCAUGGAAAAUUUCUUACUCUUCCCUGUGAUUUUAGCUUUAUUUUACAAUAAAAUACUGAAAAUGUCCACUUUGUUGGUUGUGACCAUGACCUGAGGCCUAAAGCAUAAGGGUGCUGGGAAAUAGGAAAGGCAGGAGAUUUUUUUUAAUUCUAUGGCUAGAGAAUAGUUGUCUCCUCUCUGAAAGUCUUCUUCCUCAUUUCUAGGUAACAAGACACCCUUGCCUGUAAAUUAUAGAGAAUUGUUGUCUACCAUGAACCCACCAAGUAAAAGCAACCCAAAUACUUAUCAUGGGUUAAUAAACAUACAAGAAUCAGAUCUGCACUCAACAGAAAGUCCCACAAUGGCAAAGAUAACAAAGGAGCCACAAACAGCUCCACCCAACCCAAUAGAUGAAUCUUAACAGA